UUAGAACAUAUACAUAUAUAUAACUAUUCAAUAUGGCAAAGUCUGCUAUUUGUGUGUUAGAAGGAAUAGUUAAAGGGACAAUAAAGUUUGAAGAUAUAGGUGAUGGAAAAACUCAUGUGAGCGGAAAAAUUACAGGUCUACAACCUCCUGGAAAACAUGGUUUUCAUAUUCAUCAGUUUGGGGAUUAUUCAGGUGGUUGUAUGAGCACUGGCCCUCAUUUUAAUCCAUUUAACAAAGAGCACGGUGGACCAGAAGAUGAGAAUCGACAUGCAGGUGAUCUAGGUAACAUUGUCUCAGAUGAUUAUGGAAAUGCUGAUGUUAAUAUAGAAGACUCCCAAAUUCCCUUGGAUGGUCCAAACAGCAUCAUUGGUAGAGCUUUGGUAGUCCAUCAGAAUGAAGAUGAUUUAGGAUUAGGAGGCCAUAAAGAUAGCAAAACUACCGGAAAUGCUGGAGCAAGAUUGUCCUGUGGUGUCAUUGGACUUGCAAAAUAAUAGUCUGGAUACUAAUUGUUAUACAGCAUAUGUUUCUUGUGCAUUAAAUUUGAAAGUUUGAGUUUAUUGUUUUUAAGUUUAUCUUGUUUUUGUUCUUGAAUUUGUAUUAACAUUUUUUUUUAUUCUUUUAUAUGUAUCAGUAACUUUUUCAUCAAUUAUCUUUUGAAUGAUCAAGUUUCUUUUUUCAGAAUAUAUUUAUAAUGGUUAAUUAA